AUGCUCUCCAGUCUCGGGACCAAAGUCGCCCUCAAAAAGGUCGGCCUCCCCUCCUCGACCUUUGACCUCUCUACAUGGUCCGCGCCGCCGACCGGCACGGCGCGUCGCGAGCCCAACAAGUUGCGGAAGAAGCAGCCCACACCCGAGGAGGAGGCAGAGAAUGGCUGGGCGUCCUGGAUGGGCUCGUGGAACGUGCAGAGUCUACCGCUGACCAUCAGUCCGUGGUUCGCGCCGCCCCCGCCCCCCGUCCACGUCGCUCGCGUGCCCAACGUCGGCGACAAGGCGCCCGUGGACAGUCAUGCGCGGCUGAAGCUCGGGGGAAAGAGGACACUGGUCGUCUUCUUGCGCUGCGUGGGCUGUGCCUUCGCCCAAAAGACCUUCCUCGCCCUCCGAUCGAUAGCAAACCGCCACGUCGGCACGAUCCGCUGCGUCGCCGUGUCCCACUCGUCCCCGCACGCGACCAAGAAAUGGAUCGACAUGAUCGGCGGCGCCUGGGACGUCGAGGUCCUCAUCGACGAGCAGCGCAGCCUCUACGCGUCCUGGGGGCUGGGCCUCGGCAACUUCAUGUACCUCUUCCACCCGGCCGCGCAGGCGCAGGCCUGGAAGGAAAAGGGCUGGCUCGGCGACGAGGUGGCCGCGGCCGUCACGCGGACGAGCGCCGUGGCCGAGGAAGACGAGGGGGGCGUCCUGGGCAACAAGUGGCAGGAGGCGGGCGCCUUUGCCGUCGACACCAAGGGCACAGUGGUCUGGGGAGGUAAAGCGACGCGGUCGGACGAUAUGAUGAAUCUAGAUGAAGGAGCCAUGAUUCUAAUGCUAUGA